AUGUCGCAGGCCAAAGCCUUGAGCCUCGUUUCUGUUGCUUCUCUUCUCGUCGUGGUGGCCACCACCCUCAUGAUGCACACAGUUCCAUGUUUGGCUGCUGAAGCUGCUUCACCAAUUGUUCUCAACAGCAACGGACAGACUGUUUCCGGUUCAGUCUCUCUAGGUUCAUGGCAAUACUAUGUGAUUUAUGUCGAUCCAUUGAGCUCCAUGACUGUUACUUUGAAAUCAUCCAAUCAAGUCUCACUCUAUGUCAAGUAUAAUUCCGUACCAACCUACAACAGUUAUGAUUAUGUGUUGAAGUAUGCGGGUGAAGAGAAACAAUUUCUCACUCUCAAGAAUCAAACUUCAAAUGUUCCAUAUUAUUUUGGUGUCUAUGGAACAGGUUAUACCUCUAAUUCUUAUAAUUUUGAUGUGAGUGUUAGUACAUUGAAUGGAUUGGCAAAUUGGAUCGUUGGUCUUAUUGUUACUGGUGUCAUUAUUGUGUUUGUGUGUUCAAUUUUGAGUAUUUUAAUUCCAGUGCUCAUUUGUUGUGGAGUGAUUACAUGCUGUGGAUUUGGUGCUGCAGCUGCUGCAAGUUCAACUGGUAGUGGUGGCACUGGUGGUGUUCGAUAUCAUCACGUGCACAAUAAUGUGGUCUAUUCUGACACUCAACCUAUUUUGCAACAACCACCCACUCAAUACUAUCAACCACCACAACAAAUUUAA